AUGAAUUCAAUUUCGCUCGAAAAUCGCAUUAAAAUAAUUAAAAUCCACUAUGAAAAUGGUGGUUCUGUUAAAGUUACGUUUCGUAUAAUUCGUGAUAUUUUCGGACAAGAUAAUCGUCCUUCUGAAACCGCUAUUAAGAAUUUGGUCGCUAAAUUUGAAUCGACAGGCUCGGUACAAAAUGCACCAACACCAACGCGCGUUUGA